UGCAGCUCGGACCAGUCAGGCGUUACCCUGAUUGCUUCUUGGAUUCUGUACAGUGUGUUAGACCCAAAACGGCACAUGUUAACUAAGAAUCGCGUUCGCCUCAGUUUCAGUCUCUUCUUUCGCUUUUUGUCAGCGUUGUGCUCUUCUCUUCUUUCCGUAAGGAUUCCAACAUCACUUUUCAGUGUUUACAUGACCACAGUCACGCUACUGUCACGUUGAACGUCGACAAAUUUGCCUUUGACAACGUAAAAUUGGUCUCUCAACUACAACAAGCCGCAACGAAGCUCGGUACAGUAAUCUUCCCGUGACCUUUUGUGUGGCUUCAACCACAUCCAUGUCGUUCUGGGCAUCUAAUGGAAACAACAGCAGCCUUCAGAUCUGCCAUGGUAUCCAGAUUGCCUAAAUUUGGUGGCCGCUCAUCUAAUGGAGGCACUAGUGUCUUGCCUAAUGGUUUGACACAGCCAACCCCCUUCCCAGACGGAAAGCCAACACACCCAAAUGGUAUCAUCCAUGCACCUUUUUCAUUCAAGUGGAAGAAAGAUGAAUCCGUUAGGACCACCCCAACCACAGAUGGAGCUUCCGAGGAGAAGCCAAAGACUCAAAUGGCUGCACCAACAAAAGAGGUCAAAAAGGUUUCUCCUGGGACGCCCAAAAUGUGGAGGCCAGGGCCUUUGAUGGUUGCUGUUUCCAGUCCAAAGGCUAUUCCAAAGGACACAGCAAAGACAAGCCCAAAAACUGACACUAAAAUAAGCCAAAGUCAACUCAAUGGGACCUUCAAGUUAAGUCAUAGUGGGUUCACUCCCACUGAGUCCAAUCCUGUGAGGUCCAAACAGCACUACAGCUCUCCACGAAGUAGCUCCCAGGACAGCCUCUGUCAGUCCUCUGACUGCCUCAAGAGUCUGACACAGGACAGCAUGGUGCGCUCCAACAGCUUCACUCACUUCAAACAGAUCCCCUCUCCCAGCAGCCAGCCCAUGACACGCUCCUUCUCUUUCAACCGAGCUGUGGAACUGGCCAAGCCUUUGGCCAAUACUCAGCUAAGACCCCCACGAAGCAGUCUGCUUAAACCACCCCAGUUGAGCAAUGGAAGGGUGGGUGUAGGGAUAGGAAGCCUCAAUGGAAACCUUAGUGGUUCUGGUGGUCUUAGCAUGAGUUUGGGGGGACUUUCCUACAGUAGAAACCCUCCAACUGCCUCUUCUCUGCCCACACUCUCUUCCCCAUCUGCACCAAACACACCCAGUUCCCUCAAGAAGCCGCUGCUCCCCAACUGUAUACAGCUAAACAAGUCAUUGAAAGGUGAUACUGCAUCUCUGGGGCAGAGGCUGGUCCGGUCCUCGCCAGUUAAACAGCAGCCGUUAUUACCAGGUCGAGCUAAAGUGAAACUUCAGCCAUUAGCACCUGAACGCAGAGCACUUGUAGCAUUAGCAUCAGACACCGAGUCAGUAGAAAAAGCUGAGAUGUCAGAUUUUCUCAGUGACAGGGACGGGAACUCCCUAGACAAAAAUGGUCUAUGUCGACAUAGCCAGAAUGGAGCGUGUGCAGAGACCUUAGAAGACAUGUCGUUUUCCUCUGCAUCAUCUUUAGACAGAGGUGACACCAGUGAGGAGUUUCUGGAUGACUUUGACAGCACUGGCGAUGUAUUCAGUGAUGUGGACACAGCGGAAAAAUCUGACCGCACCCGAAGCCUCAUGCAGGGGUUACUUGACAACGCCACAGACUGGCCUCACCUGGAUAUGACAGAGCCAAAGGAUAUUAGCCCAAUGGAUGUGUCAUGUGGCUCCCUGGUCCUGUCUCCUGAGUCCAACCACGCUCCAGUGGGAUCCUCCCUUGAGCUGUCCCCCUCCAACAGCUCCGGAGGGACAUACAUGUGGGAUGAGGAGGGACUGGAACCAAUCGGGGGCUCAGCAUCACAUCCAGAAGACAGCUACGAGCACACAGGCCUCAACAGCUUAGACAUCCUGAAGCAACUGGAGCCUUUGGGAGGCACAGAGCUGGAGGAUGACAACCUGAUGCUGGAGGUGGAGCUGCCUGAGGAUGACCUGCACGAAAUGUCCCAUGUGGAGCUAUCAGAGCGAGGUCGCCUGGGUCCACGGCGGAGACACCAUCGCUGGAGUGCACUGGAUCACUUCCACAACAGCAGCAGAGUGCAUGGCUUUCAGAAUUAUGAUGGCUACAAGGCGCCCAGGUUCACCUCACGACCCUUUUAUUCUGAGGGAAAGCAGCAUGGCCAUAUCCCAGCACUGGACGAACUCACACUAGAACACAUGUCCCAGGACUGCAGUGCCCUCAAGAGUCACCUGCUCAGGCUCAGAAACCUACUGCAACUUGAAGAUACAGGCUCUCCAGAUGAUGCCGAGGUGGAGGCCGAAGAUAAGAGUGCAGCACUACAGCUUCAGGGGCUGAUUAAAGAAGUGCAAGGUCUCAGGGAGGAGCUGAAGAGUCGAGACAGAACUAUAGCUCAGCUCACACUGCAGUGUCAACAGCUACAACAACAACAGCCCCAGCAAACGCCUGCUCAGGGACAUCAGGUCAGGUGUCAGUGCCACCACCAGAGGGCACCCCAUUCUCUGCGGACCAGUGACCAGCAGAUGGACAAACGAAAGCUGCAGCACUAUGACAAGGCCACGCAGACUCCUUAUAGACCUCCUGCUAACACUGGUGUGCUGCCCACCCCCAUGCUGUCCCCAUGGCAGGCACAAGCACAAGGCCUGGCCCAUACCAGCAUGCCCCAGCUCAGACACACCUCAAAUACUACAGCAUUUCAAGUUCAACCUCAGAGAGCCGCAGCACCAGGGAAGACUAACAAGAGCAGCUUGCACCGCGGGCCGCAGUGAGCAGACGUGUGCUCCACCACAGCCCCACAGUCUCACAGCUGACCCUGACCAGCCGAGUCAUGUGCUCAGCGCUCAGCUGCAGUGGCCCGGCUCUCCACAUGGGGUGUCUGCUGGUGGAGGCAUAAGAUCAGAACCUCAGUGUGAGCCUCAUGCCUCCUCUGUCUCUGUAGGACCCAGUGCUCUGAUGGGCCCUCUGGUGCUGCAGCCCCCUCGCCUCCACAAGCGGGUGUCCCUCCCUGCGCUAAAGCCAGGAGGCGCUGGUGGACAUCCUGUGCAGAGUAGACAGCUGCUGCCCCCUCCAUCCAGAGGCCUGCCCUGCUUCAAUACUGGAGCCCAGGUGCACACCCCCAGUGAGUGUCGCACUCCAGUGCUCCGGCCUUACAGGGAUUUACCCAGGACACAGUCCGGUCCUGAGGCGCUCAGCCACAGCAAGCAAAAAGACCCUGCCACGGCCAAGAUCCCAAUCCCUACUACUCGCUCAGGCCUCCCCAAGCCAAAGACGUCCUGAGCUCAAUACUCUCCCAACAACACUUCCACUCCACUGACUCUCUGACAUUGUCAUUUUAUUCAUCCCACAUCACCUUGUAGUGAGGACUAAUCUAACCUCACCCAUAAAAUGUGUUUGUCCCUUUAAUUUAACAGCAUUAAGCAGGCUUUUCAAUCUGUUCACCCAACAGACACCAGGGUAAUCUUAUAUCUAUGUGCUAUUCAUAUUUUUUAUCCAAGAGCCACUGCAGCACCUGUGUGGUGCUCUUCAUGUGUGAAGAGUCUUAUAGAAUGAGGUGACAUGGAUUUGUGUGUUAAAGCAAUGGCCAGAGAGAGGGAAAAGAGAAAGGGAGAGAGAAAGAGAGAGAGAAUGAGGGAACAUUAAGAAAGUGUAUGGAAUGACAAAAUCUCAUAGGAACUGAGAUGCGAUGUUGUUAAACAGUGUUUGCUGUUUUACCCCUGAAAUAAUUAAAGCAGCGACAGGGCUGGAAUCAAAACUGAAGGAGAUUGCAAUGUUAACUGUUGUUUAAAUAAUCAACACAUACAGAACUACAGUCACCCUAACAUUGUGAGAAUAGAUAAUUUCCCUGCAAAUGUUAGCUCACAUGCUCACAGUGUCAUUUUUAAAACAGUUUCCACAACAUAUCAAGUCUAGUAAGUAAGUAAAGAAAGGCUACAGUUAUCUCAGGUAAAAUGUGUAACUCUCAAAGUCUGACUUAAUGAAUGAACCCUGAAUUAAGUAAACUACAGACACUGCACCUUUGACCCAUUUGUGUCAAUGACAGCAGAAAGAGGAAUUCAUUAGCUGUGAGAGUGCACUUUAGAGUCAGGGCUGUGUCAUUUUCCCUGUCUCCGAGCUGUCCCGCUGCUGCACAUCGCUGUGGGAACAUCAAAGGUAUUCGCUGGGUAUUUUCAGGUGGGGAGCCUGCAGGGCUUUAGGUGGUUCAGUGGGAGUUUGGAAGAAUUGUGUUUAUCUCUCCUUUACUUGAGACCCUUUUGCAGUCAGUGGCUCCCAAAAUGUCCCUGACUGGAGAGCAUCAGUGUGUUAAAAAGGCCUUCUGACAGCGGCGCUGCUCUCUUCUCUGUCACGCCGUGUGCCCGCUCGCCUGUACGCCUCUGGCACUGUCCGGUCUACUGCGUCCAAUAAUGCACCCUACAUAGAGCCAGGAAAACACUACAGGACACAGCACGCACUUCCUAUAGCACACAGAGCACCACACUGCCAAACAUAGCCACUUACUAAGCAUGCUCCAAUACUGCGCAAGUUUAAUAACCAAGUGCAUUAAAAAUGAAGACUUCCAUUUUGAGCUCUGCUAGUGUCUGUCACAAAAUGAGCUCACAAAUACACAGCCAUUCACGUGUUUGUAGUUACCAAAGAUGGCCACCUCCAGAUAUCCAAAUUGCUCUGCCUCUUGUAUUUGUGCUUGUGUAUAUGAGCAGAUCCAUCCUCUGAUAAAUCAUGUUUACCUAUUUGGCACUUCAACAAUGUGCCAAACCAACCAAGCAGUUAACAGUGCUUUUCAGUGCCAGGAGAAGCCCAUUGCUUCAAAUGGAAAUGAAAAUGAGAGCAGAUGGAGAGAUAUAUGGAGGAUGAGAAAGAUCGCAGCGUGAGAUAAUGGGAGGAGCAGUGGCGGAAAAACAAGUGAUGAAAUCAGGUCCGUGCUAUGAUCAAGAUAAGUCGUAUUUGGCACUACAGGUAAAGGUGUUCCAAAUAGUAUGACUACACACUGUGUGCUGCUGUUCACAAAACAACCCAAUCCUCAUUGCUUAGCAGAGCCAAACAGGAAAUCAAUGUUGCCCCAAUGUUGCCACUCUCUGAAUCCUGUGCGAGUGUGUAUGCAUGAAAGAGAUGCCCACUAGCCAGAGGUAAUGUCAAGCCAUUUUUUUUUUCUAAUCCAGCUCCAGGCUUCCUAUCUGCAAAUCAAUGUUGCCACUCCCUCUUAGCUCUCAAGCCAAUCCAUCUAGUGAGCUAUAGCGUAGCAAAACAGGUCAGAAAACACAACAGCCUGGAUCAAACCAAAUGAAAAAUCACUUUAUUUCACUAAUUGUAACAUUGUACUCCAGAACAAGAAAGAUGUCAGAGGAUGACAGACUAUGUUAUACAAUUUGUAUUUGACAAGAGCUGGCACAUAAGUGAAAAUAAUCAAAUUAUAAUGUCUAAAAUAUACCAACAUUUUCUGGUUAUGAAUUCUCAACCACUACUGCCUGCAGUUGCACUUUGUCAGCAGCACUGCAUCUCCCAUGAAUGUUUUCAAAUGUUCACAUAUGCUUAGAUAUUAUCCAAGGUCACUGUUUAUAACCAUAAUGGAAUGAUAGCCACAUCUGCACUCAGCCGUGUAAAACCACAAAGAUCCACUACGAUGUCAUUUCUAUUAUGCAAAUGAACAAAAGCAAUUGAAAGCUUUUGACAAACUCCGAUCUGAAGCACUUUAAACGAUACAUCUCUUAAGAGUAGCAUUGUUGUAUGUGACUUACCACGUUUGUUUAUAUUUAUGUGCAACUGCAAUACGAAAAUGUGUUUUCUUAGUAUUUUUAAUUGUAGCUGCUUUGUCAGAGGCUGUGGUUUACAAGUACAGCGCUGCAGGGGAAGGCUAAUUUGAAGGUGUGAGAGAAUAGGCCUGCAGUGACAGGUCAUUGAUCUGCACUGGAGUGAAUCAUGCACCUCUAUAACAUUUGAGCUGUACACAAAUACAUCUUGAAAUAAAUGAAGAUUGUGAC